GGAGGAUUUACAGGGAACAGAUAAAUCGUCAAAUUCACACAUCAUUUCAGCUGAACGAACCGAAAGCGGAAGUGUCGUCCAGCAAAAACACUGAAAUCCUCGAGAUGCAGUCUAAAUAAAGAAAUUGAAGAAUGCUGAAGAAUGCUGCCUCUAAAAUGAGCCUCUAUGAGGAGAGAGAGGAUGGAGAUGUUGUUCAUUGCCAGAACCAGAGAGCAGCAUCUCCAGAGCCCAGCCGUGUGUCUCUGAAGAGUAAUGCAUCCAUGGGAGUACCCACUGCAUUCAGUGAUAAAACACUGCCCUUUAACCACAGAGAUGAUUGGCUGAACUGCAGAGAGACUGGAGAUCUGCGGCAGGAAUCAUACCAUUCAGUAGAUGAUGAGCUACAGAGAGUCAAAGAUCACCACAAAAACAACAUGAAGAAUAAGUAUGAAAGGUUGUUUGAAGGAAUCAAAGUACAAGAAAAUCAAACCCUUCUGAACAGGAUCUACACACAGCUCUACAUCGUAAAUGGAGAGAGUAAAAGGGUGAAUGAGGAACAUGAAAUUUUACAGAUGGAGACAAAUCCCAGAACAAAAUUCUCACCUAAUACUCCACUCUACUGCAAUGAUAUUUUUAAACCCUUAAGUGAACCAAGAUGUGAGGAAAAAGAAAACAAAAUAAAGGCAGUUCUUACUAAAGGCAUCGCUGGAAUUGGAAAAACUGUUUCUGUGCAGAAGUUCAUUCUGGACUGGGCCGAGGGAAAAGCCAAUCAGGAUGUAGAUUUCAUGUUUGUACUUCCAUUUCGAGAGCUGAACUUGAUCCGAGAUCAUCAGUACAGUCUUCACAGACUUCUGCUGGACUUUCAUCCUGAAAUUCAAGAUCUGGACUCAAAGAUUUAUGAGGAGUGUAAAGUUGUAUUUAUCUUUGAUGGUCUGGAUGAAAGCAGAAUAACGCUGAUGUUUUCAGACAGUGAAAAAGUUUCAGAUUUGACUGAGACUUCAUCGGUGGGUGUGUUGAUGUCAAACCUCAUGAAAGGAGAGCUGCUCCCCACGGCUUUCAUCUGGAUCACCUCCAGACCAGCAGCAGCCAGUCAGAUCCCCUCCAGAUAUAUCAAUCGUGUGACAGAGAUACAGGGAUUCGAUGAGCCACAGAAGGAAGAAUAUUUCAGGAAAAGAAUCAGUGAUGAGCAUCAAGCCAGCAGAAUCAUUUCUCACAUUAAAAGAGUGAGAAGCCUCCACAUCAUGUGCCACAUACCCAUCUUCUGCUGGAUAUCAGCCACUGUGCUUCAAAAGCUCCUGAAAGAAGAUGACAGUACAGAAAUCCCUCAAUCUCUGACUGAAAUGUACAUCCACUUCCUGCUCAUUCAGAUAAGAAUGAGGAAUCAGAAGUAUGAAGACAGAGAUCCAGAGAAAAUUCAGCAGUCUGACAAAGAUGUGAUUGUAAAACUUUCUGAACUGGCUUUCGAACAACUGAUGAAGGGCAAUGUGAUGUUCUAUGAAGAGGACCUGAGAGAGAGUGACAUCGCUAAUGCCUCAGUGUAUUAUGGGAUUUGCACUGAGAUCUUUAAGGAGGAAUCAGUGAUUAAUCAGAGGAAGGUCUACUGCUUCACACAUCUGAGCUUUCAGGAGUUUCUUGCAGCAUUAUAUGUGUUUUACUCCUAUCUGAUGAACAACAUGGAGCCAUUGCAGCUGUUCCAGGACAGAGAAUAUGAAUAUUAUCAAUAUAUGUGGGAAAGGUCUAGGGGAAAUCCUCUGUAUGUGCUACUAAGAUCAGCAGUUAAUAAAACCCUUGAGAGUGAAAAAGGACACCUGGAUCUUUUUCUGCGGUUCCUGCUAGGGGUCUCACUUGAGUCCAAUCAGACACUCUUACAAAAUCUACUGACACACACAGAGAACAGUUCAGAGACCAUCAACAAAAUCAUUAAGUACAUCAAAGACACAAUCAAGAGUGACAAUGAUACCAGCUAUGAUUAUAAUUCGGAUUAUUGUGAUGACAGAUCCAGCAAUCAAUUUAAAGAGCAUUACAAAUGUCUCUCAGCAGACAGGUCUAUCAGUCUGUUCCUCUGUCUGCUGGAAGUGAAAGAUCAGGCUUUGUCCAGAGAGAUUCAGGAGUUUGUGAAUUCAGACGAACACUCAGAAAAGAAACUCUCUCCUGCUCACUGCUCAACAAUCGCCUACAUGAUUCAGAUGUCAGAUGAGGUGCUGGAUGAGUUUGAUCCUAUGAAAUACAACACAUCAGAUGAGGGUAGAUGGAGACUGAUACCAGCUGUGAUCAACUGCAAGAAAGUUCUACUUGCUGGAUGUGGUCUUUCUCUUCAGCAUUGUGAAAGUUUGUCUUCAGCUCUACAAUCAUUAAACUCCUGUCUGACAGAGCUGGAUCUGAGUAACAAUGAUCUGCGGGAUGCAGGAGUGAAGCUUCUCUGUGAUGGACUGAAGAGUUUGCACUGUCAACUAAACAUACUGAGAUUGGUCCUCUGUAAUCUCACUGGUCAGUGUUGUGAAAGUUUGUCUUCAGCUCUGCAAUCAUCAAACUGCAGUCUGAAAGAGCUGGACCUGAGUAACAAUGACCUGCUGGAUUCAGGUGUGAAGCACCUCUUUGCUGGACUGAAGAGGUCACACUGUCAACUGAACAUAUUAAGAUUGUCUGGCUGUCAGGUAACAGAGGAAGGCUGCUCUUAUGCCUUGUCGGUUCUGAGAUCAAACCCUUCACACCUGAAAGUGCUGGAUCUAAGCUACAAUCACCCAGGAGAAUCAGGAGUCAGCCAUCGGGAGUAUACAAGCAAUCAUCCAAACUACACACUGGAGAAACUCAAUGUGGAUUAUGGAGGAGAGUUCAGGAUUACAGCCGGACUACGCAAAUAUGCCUGUAAUCUCACAAUGGAUCCUAAUACAGCACACGCUCAUCUCAUUCUGUCUGAGGAGAACAGAAAGGUGACACGUGUGAGAGAGGAUCAUUCAUAUCCUGAGCAUCCAGAGAGAUUUGAUGAGUGUCCCCAGGUUCUGUGUAGAGAGAGUCUGUCUGGACGUUGUUACUGGGAGGCUGAAUGGAGUGGAUAUGCUUUUAUAUCAGUAACGUAUAAAGCAAUCAGUAGAAAAGGAGGGUGUGAUGAUUGCGUAUUUGGAUUCAAUAAAAACUCCUGGAGUCUCAUCUGCUCUGAUAACAGAUUCACUGUCCGCCACAAUAAUAAGGAAACUGACAUACGUGUCCCUUCAGGCUCCUCUAAGAGAGUAGGAGUGUAUGUGGACGUUUCAGCUGGCACUCUGUCCUUCUACAGCAUCUCUGACACACACACGCUCACACACUUACACACAUUCACCUCCACAUUCACUAAAUCUCUUUAUGCAGGAUUUGGGUUUAUGUUUUAUUGUUUGAACUCCUCUGUGUCUCUGUGUGAGAUUGAAAAGCCUGACACAAACAACGAAGAUGGCUCACACACCUGAAUGGAAGAAAUACUCUCACUUUAUAUAUUGUGCUGCUGAUUGUCAGGGUGUAUGGUUCUCUGGGAAACCAUUAACAUCCAUUAGCACAAAAGUUUUUGUAGUAGAAAACUGUCCUUUCAACUAUAAAUUCAAUCUUGUGUAUUUUAAAAACUGGGGGAAAGUGACCCCAUAGUAAAUUAUCCAAACAUUUCUAAAAUGAAAAACUAUUCAUUCAAAAUUAAAGAGAACUGGAGCGACAUAUAAUAAACAAUGCAAAAUAAUGCAUCAUUUAAUGAUUAUAACUGGGGUAAAAGAACUGAAUAAAACAAAACUCUUCUAGUUAGUAGUUAAGGAGUAAAUCUGACUACCAAAUGAAAAAUGUAAAAGAUUUAGAAGACAUUUCUUCAGCAUAAACCUCCUUACAAAAACGAUUUAACUAAUAAAAGGUCUAAAACAAAACAUACAGGGGGCGGCACUCAUGCCUAGGUUGACAGGACGUGGACAUUUAACCUCCACUGUGUAAAGGUCCUUUUUUUAUGAUGGACAAAGGUUUUGGAGGCAGUGUGUAAACGUGAUGUUCAUUGUAUUUAUUUUUUAACAUGCAAAAAUUUUGGACAAGUAUUUCGGACUUGGUGUGCGAUGACCUUAACACAAUUGGCAUUGAUGCAGUUCCGUUACACCUCCAUGUUCUGUUCCAUACACAACAAACAGUGUUGCCAAUGCAAAACUUUGUGCUGAAAUGUAUUUGUCGACUUGUGAUCUUUUGAAAAAUGAUUUAAAAAAAAAGCCAUGCAUUUUCAGCAGAUAUAUUAUUGCACUUCCUACUGGAGCUCCUCUUCUUCUACAAGUGCAAACCUACUGAACUUUGAAAUCAUGCAUAUGAAGCUGUAUAUGUGAGGACAAAAUGUAAAAGUAUCAGUUUUCAAAUUGCACAGGAUGUUACAAUUGUUUUACAAAAGUCAUAACAUAAUUAACUGUGUAAAAAUGAAGCUUUAUUAAUCAAAACUCUGUAACUGUAAAUCAUACUUAGUGAGAAAAAAAUAAAAAUAAAAGUUGUCAGAGUUUUA